CUGAGAUGUGGCUCUUUGCUCUGGUCCUGGUCUCCCUGGACUCUUCCACAGUUUGGGGGCGCCCAUCUUCACAGCCUGUGGUGGACACCGCGCAGGGCAAGGUCCUGGGGAAGCACGUCAGCCUGGAAGGAUUUGCACAGCCCGUGGCCGUUUUCCUGGGGGUCCCUUUUGCCAAGCCCCCCCUGGGAUCCCUGAGGUUUGCUCCGCCGCAGCCUGCAGAUCCAUGGCCCUUCGUCAAGAACACCACCUCCUACCCUCCCAUGUAA